AUGUGCCAGAAGCCGAACGUCCUCCCUCCAGUGCCGCCGAAACCAAGCAAGGACAAGUUCAUUUAUGAUCUGCAGGUUCAGUCCUGGAAAGCAGAGCCAUACGAUAGAAUGAGGCUGUAUAUUCAGGCGGUCACACAACGCUUCGUCCAGGAACUGGAAGCUAACCCGUUUGGCGGAAAGUACUUCAUCCACUGGACUACGGAUCCAAACGCAGAGGGAUUCUUCAAGUUUGAUGUCGUGGACCGGGACAACUACAACGAGGCUGCCAGAUCAGGCAAGAUUUUGAUUGACAGUGAUAUCACUGAGCAGGAAGAGGGCAUUGAGGUUUAUGUGUACAAGACCCUUGAGGCAAAGGAAGAGUUGGCCAAGACUAUCUUGGUCCAGGAUGUUGUCGUCGUGCCCGGCGAGCUCCAGGACGCUAUCAAAGUCAUCCUGGCAACGCCAUUUCCUCCUUAUGAGCCCGGUCCGAAUAGGUACGAGGGCUUGAAGAGGAUCAGGGAGUGA